CCUGUUUAACGAUUCCUAAAAGUUUAGCUUGACAAAAUGUGCGGCAUUUUAGCCAUUUUCUCAGCUGACGGACAGCCAAUUGAGGCGCAAUCCUUGCAAGGCAGCGAGCACAGUUUACGGGAGUUGGCCUAUCGCCAGAGUGGCAAGCAGCGACAUCGCGGACCGGACGACACGGGCGUCGAGAUAAUCGCCGAGCAGGGCGUGGCAAUGGUGCACGAGCGUCUGGCGGUGAUUGGCGUGGAAACGGGACAUCAGCCGUUGUACUCGCAGGAUGGUAAUAUUGCAUUGAUUGUCAAUGGUGAGAUUUACAACUAUUUGGAAUUGACCAGGCAGAUUGCCAAGCGAUUACCUGGCUAUAAGCCCAAAAGUGACAGCAACGUAUUAAUCGAGCUGUACGAGCAACAUGGCCAAGAGUUGUUGCAACACAUAACGGGCAUGUUUGCCUUUGUGCUGUACGAUCGACGACGCAGGCAACUUUUGGUGGCACGUGAUCCCUUUGGCAUUAUACCACUCUACAUGGGCCAGGAUGCGCGGGGUAAUCUCUGGUUUGCCUCCGAAAUGAAGUGUCUGGUGGAUGUCUGCGAGCAGUUGCAGAUCUUUCCACCCGGUCAUGUGGCAGCCGGCAAUGUGAAGCAGCUGCAACCUGUGCGCUAUUACAAGCCCAGCUGGAAGGAGCUGAUGCCCACGCAGCCAGUCAAUCUCCAAGAGCUCCAACGUCAAGUGGAGCUGGCGGUGCGUUCCCAUUUGCAAUGUGAUGUGCCCUUUGGAGCACUGCUCUCCGGUGGCGUCGACUCCAGCCUGAUAGCAUCCAUAGCGGCCAGGAUAAUGAGAGAACGGGAUGCCAACUACAAACUGCGCACUUUCUCUGUGGGCAUGUUGGGCUCUCCGGACUUUGAGCACGCCCGCUUGGUGGCCCAGCACAUUGGCAGUCAGCACACGGAGAUCGCCUUCAACGUCGAGGAUUGCCUGGAUGGAGUGCGUGAUCUGAUAUACCAUCUGGAAUCCUAUGAUGUGGCCACAGUGCGUUGCAGUCUUCCCAUGUUCUAUCUGGCCAGACAUGUCAAAAGUACCGGCAUCAAGAUGAUACUCUCCGGCGAGGGGGCAGACGAGAUCUUUGGCGGUUACUUGUACUUCCACAAGGCGCCCAACUAUGAGCAGUUUCACCAGGAGAUGAUCACACGCUGUGAGCAGCUUCAUGUCUCCGACAUUUUGCGUGCCAACAAGGUAACCAUGUCCAAAGGCCUGGAGCUGCGUGUGCCCUUCCUGGACACCUCUCUGGUGGACUACGUGAUGAGCAUACGACCGCAGGACAAGAUUCCCGGACAACUCAAUGAAUUCUCCGGUGAGCGCAAGUGGCGAAUGGAAAAGUUUGUCCUGCGUCAAGCCUUCGCCGGGGAUUAUCUGCCGGAUGCGGUACUCUGGCGUCAGAAGGAGCAGUUCUCGGAUGGCGUCGGUUACGCUCUCAUCGAUGCCUUGCCCGAGUUUUCCGCUCGCCAUGUCAGCGAUGUCCAGCUGCUAAUGGCGGAAAAGCGCUUUCCGAUGAAUCCACCCAAAACAAAGGAGGGUUACUACUAUCGCUGCAUCUUUGAGGAACAGUUUUCCAGUGAGGCGGCUGCCAGAACCGUGGAAAAGUGGGCGCCACGCUUGGACUGGGGUUGCCCGGAGGAUCCGUCGGGACGAGCACAAGCCGCACAUGACAAAGCCUAUGGAAAGUGCUAGAAAA